UGGACGGAGUAUUAUCCGGUAACGGUUUUGGUUAACAGUCCAAUGGAUAUCCGAAACGAGCGGAUUUUGAAACAGUUUGAAGCGAUGGUCCAUGAGUUCGAGUCUCUCGACAAAUGCAGAGGCAAAGAAUUCACACUUCUUUGGUUACGAGAAUACCAAACCUACUGGCAAGAAGUGUCGCUUUAUGACUUCGACUAUUUUACGGAUGAAGCGAUGACGACGACACCGAAACUGAGCGUGAAGAAUGGGAAGGAAACGAUCGAUUACAGCAAACUGAACGAUUUCCUCUUUUCGCCUCUUCACAAACACUGGAAAAAUUUUCUGAAACUAAGAAAUGACUCGGAUCUUCCAGUCGAAAGGUUUUCGUUCCUAGUAGUAUAUCAAAACACGACCAGUUGGACGGAACGCAUUGAACUGAUGCAGAAAUGGAGAAGUAUUGCACAUAGCUACAGCGAUCUCAACGCAUCCGUUUGGGAGGCUAACUCGAUGUUUGUGGAUCAGAUGCUCUCACUCAAGACACUAGCUAUGCAGGCUAGUUAA